GGUUUUAGCUUCUUCGUGUGAGUCAGGUGAGGAACUAUGGCCAGGACCAAGCAGACCGCCCGCAAGUCUACUGGAGGCAAAGCUCCUCGCAAGCAGCUGGCAACCAAAGCUGCCCGGAAGAGCGCCCCAGCUACCGGCGGCGUGAAAAAGCCUCACCGCUACCGUCCCGGGACCGUUGCCCUGCGAGAGAUCCGUCGCUACCAAAAAUCCACUGAGCUGCUGAUCCGCAAGCUGCCCUUCCAGCGCCUGGUGCGGGAGAUCGCCCAGGACUUUAAGACCGACCUGCGCUUCCAGAGCUCUGCCGUCAUGGCCCUGCAAGAGGCCAGCGAGGCUUAUCUGGUGGGGCUGUUCGAGGACACCAACCUGUGCGCCAUCCACGCUAAGAGGGUGACCAUCAUGCCCAAAGACAUCCAGCUGGCCCGCAGGAUCCGAGGGGAGAGGGCAUAGAUACUCGCCACUCCUAUACACGCAACAACACAAAGGCUCUUUUCAGAGCCACUCAAAUCUUUCUAAACGAGCUGAAUCCAAAGGAAUGCUAACUAUCAUUAUUACGUGUUUCAAUAACUGAUUAAAACCUAGUUAUAGAGUUCCUAAUAACAUUCACUUAUAAAAUUGUUAUGCUGAACAAAAUAAAAAAACAUCUGCAGUGAGGAGCGCACAGAUUACACGGUAUUGUUUUCUCAUUGUACCGUGUGAUAGGGUAAAGCAAUUGCACACACAGCAGAGUUUACGUAUGGACAAGCUCGGCUAUAUACGAUCAGUACUCUGCUUUCCAUUCAUAUAAGCCAAAGGGGCCUCAUUUACAGCAUGCAGUGAUGGCAAAGGGAACCUUUGGA